AUGCUGCCAGGUGGAUUACCUCAACAGUUCCAGAUGCCCGAUAUGGAUUCACUGAGCGCGAUGAAUACGCCAAAACAAGCGGGUGCAGUGAAACGUCAGUACUCGUCGAAUGGCAAGAACUAUUGCGAUUUGUGUAACAAAGAGGUGUGUAACAAAUACUUCUUACGUACACAUAUGUUGAAAAUGCAUGGCAUAGUGAUCGAUGAGAAUAAGACGGUUAUUGCCAAUAUUGAUACGUUGGAAAAAGAGCGUAUGGGUACGCUAUCAUUUAGAUGUGAUAUCUGUCAUACGGAGCAUAAAUCACGACACCUCUUGCGACAACACAAGCAGGACGUUCAUGGUGUGGUGCCAUUGUCGACCCCGUCCAACAGAAAACCGUCAACGAUGUCGUCACCAGCAAUUGGUGGCAGUGGGGCCGUGGCAGGCGACGAGAAACUGGAGAAGUGUCCGCUGUGCGAACGGCGUAUGCCAGCGUCAAAUCUCACCAAUCAUAUCCAAGCUGAACAUACCGGAGGUGGUGGUAUGUCGUACGUGGACCCAAGCAGCGCUUCGCGGCAUGCCCUUCGUUGGAGGGAAUGCAAGUUCUGCCCGACAACGUUCAAAGAUCAAAUGGAGUUGCAUUUGCAUCAAAUUAAUCAACAUACCGUCGAGUUGUUGCAACAAUCACAGCAUGUCGACACUGUGAAAAAAGCGUCCGAUACGACCACGGUGGUGUUGCGAUGCCGGCGAUGUCAGUACUCGACUCGUGACCCAAGGAAUCUUGAGAUGCACGUUGAGCGACAUGAGCGGAUGAAUGAAGCGACACGGGAAUCCGGCGCUGAAAUCAACAGCGAUGCGGCUCUUCGAGCUACCACAGAAGCGGCGCUGAAGAUGAUGGUGGCUAAUCAGCUCGAUACGGAUACCGUCAAAUGCUCGCUGUGUGACGCAAGAUGUCCAGAUGAAGCCACACUGGAAGCCCAUUCGGCGGUCGCUCACAAUGGCCUGAAUUUGACGGUCAGAAAGGAGAAGAAGGAGGAGAAUGACGUCGAGACGGAAAAGAUCGCCAACGAGCGGAAUAGUCACACG